AUGGCGAGUUGUGUUUUCAGCAAGACGGAAAAGAAGGAACUGCAGAUGUUGAAGAAUCACUUUAGGGUUAUUCACCCAGGUGUAACCCAACCAGACAAGGUGAUAUACAAAAGGAGGAGGGGGAAGAGGAUGAGACAGGAAAUUUACCUGCAUGGGAAUUACCCCAACUACUUUUACGAAAGGUACUGGAAGAGGAAAAAAAAGUGUGAAGAAAUCUCUCAAGGUGGGGCGGUCACCCAAGGUGGGGCAGUCACCCAAGGUGGGGUAGUCACCCAAGAUGGAGCAAUCACCCAAGGUGGGGUAGUCACACAAGGUGGAACAAUCACCCAAGGUGAAGAUGAAGAGGCCAAGGAGAAGAAAGAAGCAGAUGAGCAAUGCAAAGCGAAUGAACGAAUUUGCAAGGUGAUGGAAGUUGGCGAGGGGGAUAAGAAGCCAAUUAUUGAUGAUUACAGAUUAACCCACGUGGAUAACCUCAUGAAGGGUAUUUUUUAUGGCAAGGAUAUCCUGGACGUUGGCUGCAAUUGUGGAGUAACCACCUUUUUGCUUAGUCUUAAGUAUAAGUGCCGA